UGGUCGUUUGUUUAUCAGCUGUGAUCACUGAUCAGCUGAGCCUGCCGUUGUUAUUAUUUGACGUGCAAAUUGAAAUAACAUACAAUAAACUCAAAUUAAAUAAUUAUAAUCAAACAAAAUUAGUUUAUUCAGUGAGGAGUGAUAACGAAAGAUAGCGUGCUGUAAAAAUAUUUCAUGUGAGUUUAUGAGUGUUGAUGAGAAAAGUUGCAUCAGCUGAGCUCGGCGUUGUAGAUAGCAUAGUAGUAAAUGAAAAUAAAACCAACAUUUCAAUUGGCAUAAUUUGGCUCAAUUGAUAUUGUAUCAGGGUAAUAAUAACAAGGGUUUUUGAUUCAGUGUUAUCAAGAUACCAUGUAUUAAUAAUUGGCAGUAUAAACGAAUAUACUAUAAUUAAUUUUUAUUUUUAGCAAAUUAAAAGAAAAACUUGAAGGUUGUAAUUAUUAUAACUGUUAGUUUUAUUUCUAUUUAUAUUCAACGCUGUCUAUUGAAAAUGCUGAGUUCACCUGACGCAGCUAGCUAAAAUAUACAGAACGUCCACAGCUUCUUUUUUAGUUAAUGGAAAUAAUAUAAUUAUAUGAAAAAACAAAACUGAUUCAUUGAAUAAUUAAUCACGUAAAUAUUACAGAAUGAAAGCUAAUUAAAAAAACAACCAGAACAACUGAUUAAUAAAACCAAUCAAUGGCAGUACCAAUUCACAAAAUUGAGACUAGUGAGAAUUCAAAAGAGCCAGAUUCUCAUGUUGAAAAAACUGAUGAAAUACUUGUUAAAAAUCAACACAAUAAAAUUGUGAUUUGGACUGUAGUUCAUCAACCAAGUUAUACUGGACCAUUGACAAAUGCUGAGCUAAUGCAAAAUUAUCGUGCUAAGAAAAAAGAGCAAGAACGUUUAAACAACCCGGUUAAAGAACUAGUAUCAUUACCACCACUAACAAGUUCUGAACGUGCACGAAAUUAUCGUGCUAGAAGAAAAGAGCAAGAACGUCUUAAUAAUUCUGAUAAUAUAUUGACACGACCUGCACCAAUGACACAAGCUGAACGUAUGAAAAUUUAUCGUGCUAAAAAAAGAGAGCAAGAACGUUUAAACAACCCGGUUAAAGAACUAGUAUCAUUACUACCACUAACAAGUUCUGAACGUGCACGAAAUUAUCGUGCUAGAAGAAAAGAGCGAGAACGUCUUAAUAAUUCUGAUAAUAUAUUGACACGACCUGCACCAAUGACACAAGCUGAACGUAUGAAAAUUUAUCGUGCUAAAAAAAGAGAGCAAGAACGUUUAAACAACCCGGUUAAAGAACUAGUAUCAUUACCACCACUAACAAGUUCUGAACGUGCACGAAAUUAUCGUGCUAGAAGAAAAGAGCGAGAACGUCUUAAUAAUUCUGAUAAUAUAUUGACACGACCUGCACCAAUGACACAAGCUGAACGUAUGAAAAUUUAUCGUGCUAAAAAAAGAGAGCAAGAACGUUUAAACAACCCGGUUAAAGAACUAGUAUCAUUACCACCACUAACAAGUUCUGAACGUGCACGAAAUUAUCGUGCUAGAAGAAAAGAGCAAGAACGUCUUAAUAAUUCUGAUAAUAUAUUGACACGACCUGCACCAAUGACACAAGCUGAACGUAUGAAAAUUUAUCGUGCUAAAAAAAGAGAGCAAGAACGUUUAAACAACCCGGUUAAAGAACUAGUAUCAUUACCACCACUAACAGGUGCUGAACGAACGCGAAACUACCGGGCUAGAAAAAAACAAGAAAAACUUAUAAAUAAUCCUAAUAAUAUAUUACUAGCAUCAUUACCACCACUAACAGGUGCUGAACGAACGCGAAACUACCGGGCUAGAAAAAGACAAGAAAAACUUAUAAAUAAUCCUGAUAAUAUAUUACCAUCAUCAUGCGCACCAUUAACAAGUUCUGACCAAUCGCAAAAUUAUUGUGUUAUAAAAAAAGAACAAGAACUUCACAAUUAUCCUGAUGAAAUGUCAGCAUCAUCAUCUACGCCAAUAACAAAUGAUGAAUGUUCGCAAAAUGUUAAUGUGAUGAUUAUAAAAAAAGAACUAGAGCUUGAAAAUACUUCAGAUGAAAUAUUACAAUCAUCAUCUUCACCAAUACCAAAUGUUGAACGUUUACAAAAUGAUUGUGCUAUAAAACAAGAACAAGAACUUGAAAUUUAUCAUGAUGAACAUGAGUUCAAUGCUAAUUUUAUAUUACCUCACAAUUACUCAACAACAUCAACCACCACAUCGGGCACAGCUCAUCCUUUUUUUACACUGUAUCUUGAUGAUGUUCAAUCCCAGAAUAACAUGUCGUAUUUUCAUGACCAGGAAAAAAAAUCUAAUAUACCAAUUGAGCCAAACAAAAACCGAGCGAUAGAAACUACAGAAACAUAAUUUUAAAAUAAAAAAUAAAAUAAUAUUUAAUUUUUUUCUUCAACAAAUGUAUAUUUUAUCAAAAUUAAAAAAAUUACUUUUAUAAAUAUUAAAGCUAAAUUGUUAAAUUAAUUUUUGAUUUAUUCUCAUGAUUACUUAUUUUAACGAGUAUCUAUUAUCAGUUGGAAGACGAUUGAUUUUUUUUUUUAUAUAUAUCUCAAUCAUCAUUUACAUGUCUUGCUUUUGAAUCUCAUGUCUUAGUGAUAUGUUCCGAAAAUUUUUAUUUUAAACUUCUGAGGUUGCUCGUCGAAAUUGAACCAUUGAGCCUAGAUUUUUUUUUUUUAAUUUUAAAAAUCAAUCAAACUAAUCAAUUAUCAGCCAACUCAGCGGCUUCGAGUAGGGAACUUAAUUUUUCAUGUCGAAAAAGAUAUAGAUAUUAUCUUCACGCAUGCGCUAUCAUGAUUUGCGAAAAUAAUAAAUAAUAAUUAGUAAUUAACGAAUAAAAAUAGCAUAUAAAAAUAAUUCAGCAAUAUAAAAUAUAAUGAAAUAUAAAAAAUAAAGAAUCCAACAACAUGUUGUUGACAUGAUUAUGACAUAACUAUCAACAAGUUUUGAUUGUUGCCUUAAAAUUAUUAUUGAUCAAAUAUAAAUCCAAAAUAACGCUGUUUUUUUACUCUUUUGUAAUUACUAAUUAAUAUUUCUUGUUUAAAAAUAAAAUAAUAAUUAAACCUGUUCUUGGUAUCACAAGUUUAUGAAAACAAGAAAAUAAAUUACAAUGACCUGUUAAAAUCUGGUUGACCUCGUCUUGACAUCACUAAUUCGUUGUCGUCAUUAUUUUUUUUAUUUUU